AGCGGCGAGGGUGCAGCGGUGCACGGUGCACCGUGGUGGCCUCCCUAAGGAUUAUAAUGGCCACCCCUGGAGAAGGCAGCCAGCCCGAUGACGAAGGGGCAGCCCAGCCAGUGGUACAGCUGCAGCCGCUGGAGCCUCGGGUGGCCCGCAGACGCCUGUCCCAGGCCCGCCACCGAGCCACCCUGACAGGGCUCUUCAACAACCUAAGGAAGACAGUUUACUCCCAGUCUGAUCUCACAGCCUCAAAGUGGCAGGUACUGAACAAGACGAAGGUCCACAUCCAGGAACUGGAGCAAACCCUGGAUAAUUUGCUGAAGCUCAAAGGAUCCUUCAACCUGGAGGACGGGAAUGCCAGCAGCCUAGAGGAGGCCAAGGAGGAAUACGCCAAAAUGUACUCUGAGGAGGACAGCGUCCUCCUCAACAGCUUUCCUCAGAACAGCUCCCCGCCAUGGUUCCCCCCUGAGGCUGUUGGGAAGGAUGCCGAGGAAGGAGGAGAUGAUGAAGAGAGAGAGGAGGAGGGGAAGCAGGAGGAGGAGGAAGAAGAGGAGGAGGAGAAAAAAGCCGAUCUCUCACACUCCCCUACGACCCAGUUGCCUGACCUCCUGGAGUUUGAACAGUACCUCAACUUCUACAAGCAGAUGAUGGACCUCCUGACCAUGAACGGCAUCAUCUCCCCCCAGGAAGAGAUAAUCCCCAUCGUCUCUGCCGCCGUCUCCCACCUGUGGCAGACCCUCUCUGAGGAGAAGAAAGCCUGUCUCCUGCAGGUGUGGGAGCAGCAGAGCGCCACCUUCUCAGACCUCGCAGAGGCCUGUCUAGAGCUGGCCUGUGUGGAGGACAGCGUGAAGGACAGCGGGGUGGACAGCCAAGGGGCCAGCUGCUCGCUGGGCUCUACUCCAGAAGAGGUGAUUAGACCUGUGGGGCGGUUCUUUUUUGAAGAUGCUUUCGAUGUGGCAAGUUUCCUGGACAAGAGUGAGGGUCAGCAAAUGUCUAACAUCAGCUCUGUGUUUGCGAACUGCAACCCAGAAAAUCUGGAGGAGAAAUUUCAGCUCUACAUGCAGAUCAUCGAGUUCUUUAAAGGCCUUUGCUGUACUAACACUCCGCUGAGCCAGGAACCAGAUCCUCCAGUGGAUGAUGACAUGACCCUGCUCAGGUGCCUGGAGACCUUCGAUGACGAAGACUUGUAAACACAGCAGGGCUGGGAAGGAAGGGGUCGGAUGGGGGGUGCUUUUCAAGUUUCAUUGCUAGUAGCUAGGUUACACCACCUUGUCCUCCAAGACUCUUUGAGAGAGGCUGUUUCCAGAAGCCUCUUUGAUGUUCUUAGUUUCUGGUAGUUAUUAAAUGUUAAGAGAA